AUUUGGGGGGAGAAUAUGGAAAAUGGUUCCUCUAUAACCACUUUCCUCUUUACUGCUUAUGGAGACAUUGGUUUUAUAAAAAAUGUAUACUUUACUGUGACUAUUAUUACUUACCUUUUAAUACAUUUGGUAAAUACAAUUGUUAUAAUAGUUAUUGUCCGUGAUAGAACCCUUCAUGAACCCAUGUACAUAUUUAUCUGUUGCUUAACUAUCAAUUGUCUUUAUGGAAGCAAUGCUUUUUAUCCAAAAUUUUUGGAUAAUCUCUUAUCAGACAAUCCAUCAAUUUCAAGAACUGGCUGUUUGCUUCAGAUAUUUGCCAUUCAUACUUAUGGAUCUUUUGAAUUUUCAAUCUUGGCACUAAUGGCAUAUGACAGAUAUGUGUCCAUCUGUAAUCCUCUCCUAUACAAUAAUAUAAUGAAGCCAUCAAAAGUGACACGCCUAUUAUGUUUUACAUACCUUUACCCAGUUUGUAUUUUUACUGUGCACAUUUUGUUAACAAUUCGACUUCCAAUAUGUGGAUAUCUGAUAGAUAAAGUGUACUGUGAUAACUGGUCUGUUGUCAGGUUAUCUUGUGUGGACAUAUCCAUUAACAGUGCUUUUGGCUGGUUUGUGACAACAGUACUGAUGGUGCCACCACUGAUGCUUAUUCUAUAUUCAUAUAUUAAAAUAAUUUCUGUCAGUGUCAAAGCUUCAAAAGAAUCACGCAGUAAAGCAGUAAAAACCUGCCUGCCUCAUCUUAUAACAUUUUUAAACUAUUGUAUUGCUACAUCUUUUGAAAUUUUACAUCAGCGUUUUGAUGCAAGAGCUCUUCCUCAUGAUGUAAGGGUUUUUAUGUCAAUAGAUUUUGUAUUAUUACCACCACUUUUGAAUCCAGUUAUUUAUGGGGUUAAAACAAAAAAGAUAUGGGAGAGUGCCAUGAAAAUGUUUAAUUUUGGAAAGAUGCAAACUUUAAUAGAAAAUGUCUGGGGAGGGAAAAUAAAUAGUAUUUCACAGUAA